AGUGGCCUGGAUGUUGUCGUCUGCUGUUUGACAUUGGCUCAGGCUAAGGAAGAAAUCGUGCUUAUCGAGGCGUGCAGCGCGGCCAAGGUGGGCCGUUAUGUGCCCAGCUUUUUUGGGCCAGUGUGCCCAGCUUACGGUGUAAUGGCAAUGAGAGAAAUGAAAGAGCACAAUCUCAAUCUAGCGAAACGCCUUUACCUUCCGUAUACUGUGAUUGAUAUCGGUUGGUGGUAUCAACUGGCUUUGCCAGAGCUUCCCUCUGGAAAGCUUCAAACAAAGAAGCUUGCCCUUCAUAAAAUUGUUGGGGAUGGAAAAACCCCUCUAGCAUUGAUCGAUAACCGCGACAUUGGUAAAUUUGUUGCGAGAAUCAUUUCUGAUCAAAAGACGUUGAACAAGAUGGUUUUCUGCUACAACGAAGUGUUGAGCUUCAAUCAAAUCUGGGACGUGCUUGAGGAAGUGUCCGGGGAAACGAUUCCGAGAGCAUACAUCUCAAAGCAGGAAUUGGAAGAUACAAUUUCUCGGGCUGCAGAAACACUUGCGAAGUCUUUCGAUAGUGCAGCCCAGGUCGAUCUGAGCAUGGGCCAGUACAUGUACACAUUAGGCAUUCGAGGCGACAAUACUCCGGAGCAUGCGAAGUAUCUUGGAUAUCUUGAUGCGGGGGAGCUAUACCCAGAAUUCAAGCCUACACCGCUCGCCUCCUAUAUAAACGGGAGGUUGUCAGGGAUAAUUCCGAACGUCUACGAGGGUAGAACCGAUCGAUAA